UUUUUUUUUUUUUUUGUUUGUUUUCAUUAUGGCAACCUUGUCUCAGACGCUGAAGGCACAUACGGCACGACAAGCGGAGUUCAAGGACGAGAUUGAGCGCUCGCGCAAGGCGGCCGUCGCGUCUGUCGGCGCAGUGACCAACGCAAUGGUCAACUCACUCAAUGCCGGAGUUGCCCAAGUCUUUAACAACCAGCGGCUACUCGAGGCGGAGUCCAAGCAGCUCCAAACGCUCGCUUCGCGAUACUCCAAGCAGGCAUCACAAUGGCUCGGCACAGUGGACGCCUUCAACCAGGCCUUGAAGGAAAUUGGCGACGUGGAGACGUGGUCCAAGAGCAUUGAGAUUGACAUGCGCGCGAUUGCGACCGCACUGGAAUUUGUGGCGACAGGACGCGAGUCGGACAACGCCUUCACGGUCGUGCCUCCUCCACGGCCUGUUGUUGCCGAGGCCGCCAGUACGUCCGCCACUGAGACUGCGCCAAGCAACUCGGACGCAGCUGUUGCACCGUCGGCCGACGCUGAGGUGGCAUCGUCAUAA